AUGCCAAUUGAACUCGACAUUUUACGAGGAAUCCGAAAUCUCGCCGCUGCCAUCGGAACUAGUGCAAUACUACUUUUCAUCUCCACCGUCAUCAUCAAUAUCAUCACCAUGUUUCCCAAAAGAGUCAAUCCUGACAAGCGCAAAACGCGACCUUGGGAACCCACUCCCGCUGUUAGGAUAGAUGAAUUGCCAGAAGCAGGACAAGAGAUGAUCAAUCAAAGUAGACCCAAAAGAGUUAAAAGACAUGAAACCAAUGAGGGAUUCGUGCUAGAUUACAAUCGUGAUCGUCAAACUGCACAAAGAUAUAGGGGAAAGGGAAAAGCUUUUACUGGUGACGGAGAGAUUGGGAGGAGGCAAUUGGAGCCUCUUUCGAGAUUGAGACCGACACCUCUUUCGUUAUGGUCAGAUAAAAGUAAGCCGCCUCAGCACCCGCCACCAGGAGGUCCAUCUGGAGGUCCGUCGGGUCCUCCAGAUCCUCCAGGCCCAGGUGCUGGAGGAGGAGGAGGGAUAACACCCGCACCACCCGCACCACCUGCACCACCUGCACCACCUGCACCACCCGCACCACCUCCACAAUCUGCACCGCCUGUAACUUCAGGCGUAACUUCCUCGGGGUCGACGAAACCAGACUCCGGUGGAUUAUCUCAGCCCUGGAUAUCGCCCAGUAUAGACUUCUGGAUACCAUGGAAGAAGGGGAAUAUUGAAUGGGCAAAGGCACUUGCCCGUGAAAGGCAACGCGAUGUCGGUAUCAGUGCUGAUGAGCUUCUGAACUCAUUGGAAGUAUUGAGUCUGCCUAUAUUCUUUGAUACUUUCCACAGAAAAUUCAUGACGCAUCCAGGUUAUAAAGACUGUCUAUCCGGAGCUACUGGUCAUCCUUACUGGAUUUUCCAAAACAUGAGGAGGGAAUAUUAUGGCGAAAAAUCUCUACCUUAUCAAAAACCCUCUGAAGAAGAAUUUUCUAGAGCCAGAAUGGAAAGGACUACCAGGGAAGGACGAAAGGCUAUAAUUCAAAGGGCCCUCGUAUCAAUGAAACGCGCCCAGCAGCACGGCCAAGGAGUAAACCCGUCUACAUCUAAUACAAGCUCGCCUGCUCCGCCCAAAACUACAACAUCGACUUCGGGCAUAGGAGUCACAGCCACUGGGACUACGAAUUUCGAAACUUGGUUUGCGGCGCUCAAAGCCAAACCCCCACCAGUCGGGCCCACACCUGGGAUUACUACGACAUCCAAACCAGGAUCGAAACCCCCACCAGUCGGGCCCACAUCUGGGAGUACUACGACAGGAUUUCCAGUUCAGGAUGAGCAAGAAGUUGCAGAUUAUAUCAAAAAUAUGACAACUGGGCUGAUCACGGGUGUAUCGAGUCAAGCAGAUCCCAAAACUACAACUGCACCGGUCGCCAUUAAUCCGCUCGCAACCGCCCCUAGGCCUCCUCAAACAUCCAAGCCAGCGGUAUCUGCCCCAGCGACCCCGGCUACAACUGCACCGGUCGUCAUUAAUCCGUUCACAACCGCCCCUAGGCCUCCUCAAACAUCUAAGCCAGCGGUACCUGCUCCAGGUACCCCGGCUACAUCGGGUGGAGGGCUUUCCGGAAGAAUGCAAGAUAAAAUAGGAGGUUUAAUACGUCGUCGUAUCGAUCCGUUCACUGAUGCUACUACUAUUGCUGAAGUACGGAUGGUUUUCGGUCCGCCAAAUGAUCUCGUCGUUCUUCCUCCCACAAUCAAGCAAAAUAUUCCAUUUCACUACGUUUCAGAUUUACAUCUUGAACAGACGAGCUAUGAAAAUUUUGACUUUAAACCUCGUGCUCCAUAUUUGAUCCUCGCCGGCGACAUAGGGAAUACUGGUGCACGAAGUGAGACUGAUUAUCGGAAAUUUUUAGCUAGAAUGUGCGCCAAACCAGAACUCCAACGAGUUUUUCUCGUAGCUGGAAACAGAGACUUCUGGCCAGCGAAUAGUUGUACAGUGGAAGGGACAAUAAAGAUGCUUAGAGGCUUUGCAAGGCAUCCAGAUACAUUAGGAAAACUGGUGUUCUUGGAGAACGACCGCUAUGUCAUUCACGGGAAGGAAGGCAAGGUUGUGAUACUAGGCUGUACGUUGUGGACUGAAAGACUGAGAGGCGGAGGUCGUGAGCCUAGUGAUCAAACUAACAAGCAAAGAACUGAGAGGCAUUUCGCAUCUUGCGAAUGGAUUAGGCAGGAAACAAAGAAAAUUAGAGACGAUCCCAAGGAAGUUGAAACGCGCAUACUUAUCAUAACGCACAUGCCACCUUCUAAGAGCGGAACUUCGCCUCCUGAACAGACAGCAAAGAAGCUUCGUGACUUCAAUAGUGGAGCCAGCCAUGGUAGUGAUGUUAUUGAUGGCUGUAAGGGACAUGGCUAUGAUCAUAGUUCGAUUAGAACUACAAUGCCUCUCUUGGACUGGAGAGACGUUUGGAUUUGGGGCCAUACACAUUGGAAUGAGCCGCAUCACGGGAAAAGAAGGCAUGGUGGAAUGAGGUUCGAAUCUAACCAAAGGGGAAAUGCUAAAGGGAACCCCGUUAGCUAUCACCCAAAACCACCAGGUGCUUUUAGACCAGAAAAAAUCAUUCUGGUUUGA